AUGAACAGCGCAUUCGAGGCGCACCCGCAGUGCCAGCCUCCCAACAGGAACCCCACGAUCUUCUUCACGUACGACUUCAUUAAGAAUACGUACAACCAGAUCAAGGACCUCGACGCAGACAAGUUCGCUGCCGGUGACCCGGCUAUUAAGAGUGCCGUUGCCGAGGCGGAUGGCCGCAAUACCUUUGCCACUCUGCUUAUCCAUGAUGGAUCGGGGAAGUUGGCGGCGAUGACUGGUGCCGACCCGUCGGACCGGCCUGAUUUUGGACCGGAGAUCAAGACUAAGGUUUCGGCUUUGGCUCAGUAA